AUGAAGCUCUCUUUCAUCUUCACUACACUUCUGGUCGCCGCCGCCGCCGCCACCACCGCCCCUCCCAGCUUCGGCGCCCCCAUGCCGACGCCGGCGCCGGUACCCAAGCCCCUGCCCGCCUGCAGCAAAACCGUCGACACCGCCGUUGGCGCCGCCGGUGCCGCCAUCAAGAUGUUUCUCGCGCGCGCAGGGUCUAAAGUUCCUCAUCUCGACGAGGCCAUCCACGCCGGCAACACCUGCUUCAAGCGCGAAAUCGGCUGCGGCGUGGGUGCGGCCGACGGCGCGCUGCCGCGGCCCGGCCAGCUGGACUGCAGCGGCACCAUUGACAAGGGGCUCAAAUAUGCCGUCGCCGCGCUUCGGGCGGGCUUUAAGGUGUUUCUGCCCACAGGUUAUGAUAGGGGCGUCAAGGAGGGUCUCAAAUGUUUUCGGGAGACGCUGGGCUGUAAAAAAGAUGAAGCCUAA